AUGUUGGAUGGUAUUAGACAAAUUAUUAAAAACAAUCCAAAGAAACAAAAUCUAUUUAAAAAGUUUCGUGUUUUCAUUAAAAUCGUUAACUUGGUUAAUGCUGAUGAUAAAAAAGAACGUUUGUCAGUUUUAUGUCAUUCAGUAUUACGUACUGUAAUUUUAUUAAUGGCAAAUAAUCCAAAAAUUAAAAAACAUUUUCGUAAUCAUAUUGGUUAUGAUACAAUUAAAGAUUUAAUUAUUAAAUCUGAAGGUAUUGUUUCUGAAACAACAAUGAAUAUUUUAUUUGAUAUGAUUGUUGAUGGUGAAUUUGAUAUUGAAUAUAAAUAUGUUAUUCAAAAUCCAGAUUCAUGUUUAUUAAUAUUUAAUUUAUUAAAAUAUUUCCCAACUAAAUUACAACAUGAAAUAUUGGAUAGAUUUACAGUGAUGGUAGAGAAAUGUACAACUAAUCAAUCAGUUUGUUGUAAUUGUCAUUUAAUUUAUAAUUUAUUAGAGGCAAUUUAUAAGGGUCAACCAAUGGAAGUUACAACAAAGAUAUUGAAAUUAAUUGAAAGAUUAGGUAUUCAUAGUGUUACAGUUAGAGAAUUAAAGAAAUUAUUUGGUUUAUUAAAGAGUGAACAAGGUGAUUAUCUUCCUCCAACAACAUCGGCUCUAUUGACAACAUUACAAAAUAUAUCAAAUUCACGUAAUCCAGGACCACAGGUUUAUUUCGAUUUCGAUGGAAAAGAUAGUUGUAUCAUAUUGCCAACAUUUGAUAAAUGGCCAUUUCCAAAGGGUUUUUCAUUUUGUACUUGGGUUAGAAUUGAAUCAUUUGUUGAUCCAACCGGUACACCAGAGUAUAAACCAAGAUUAUUUAGUUUCCUCUCUGAUAGUGGUUGUGGUAUUGAGGUGUUGUUCAUUUAUCAACAACUUCAAGUAUUGACAGUGAAUAAUCACCAAAGUAAAGCCGUAUUUCAAUCACCACCUACCUUUGUCGAAAGGGAAUGGUAUUUCGUAUCGGUGGUUUAUUCAAUUAAUUUAAUCUCUUCUAAUGAGAUUAGAAUUUAUAUUAAUGGUCAACAGUCAGCGAAAUCAUCCAUUAAAUUGAAUAUAUCAGGUACACUUUGGAAUCAUUUCAAAAUUGGUAAUAAUAGUAAGAAAAUGUCUGGUGAACGUGAAUGUCCACUCUAUGGUCAAAUGGGUGCUUUCAACAUUUUCGAUGAAUCAUUAUCACCAAGUCAAAUUCAAGCAAUCUAUACAUUGGGUCCAAAUUUUAAUACCUCUUUUCAAGAUGUUGAAGGUUCAACUAAAUCUGCUCACACUUUUGAAUCUUCACUUACUAGUCAUCUCUUUUUAAAUUAUAAUUGUCGUGCAUUAGAUGGUGAUCUUUGUUUAGAUAAUACACCCGAUAUUGGUGGUGAUAAAAAUUAUGAUGCAACUUUAGUCUCAAUUAAUCCAUGUGUAUCAAGAGAUAUUAAAGAUAUUAUCUAUUGUUUAGGUGGCAUUAAAGUAUUAUUUCCAUUAAUUCAACAAAUUAAUAAUCCAAUAUCACCUUUAUCUUUAGAAUUAAUUACAAAUGAAAAUAAUAAUAAUAAUAAUAAUAAUUUAUCAUUGUCAUCACAACAACAAACAUUAGAACAAUUACAACAAUCUAUAAAUAUUAAAUUAACAAAUCAAGUUUUAGCAUUAUUUAAAUUUAUGUUAAAAGAGAGUGAAGCAAAUCAAGAGGAAAUGUUACGUUGUCAAGGUUUCUCUGUUAUGGGUUAUUUAUUACAACAAAUUUCACCAGAAUAUCUAACGAUUGGAUGUACAAAUAUCUUUAUUGAUAUGUCAAAUCAAAUUUCUGAUCCAACAUUGGUUGAAGAGGUGUAUAGUAAUUUAAUGUUAAAUUUCUGUAUUUGGAUUAAAACUAAAUAUGAAUUACAAAGAAAUCUAUUGGUAAUCAUUAAACAAAUCGUUUUUGAAAAGUAUGAUCAAGUCUCUGAUAUCAUUACAGUUCAAUUGAUAUUAGAUAUAAUGAAUGAUUUCUAUUGGUAUGAUGAUUCAAAGAAUGAAGCACAUCGUAAUCAUCAUUUCUUUAAUAAAGAUAUCUUAUCGAAACGUCCUUCAAUUUCAAAUAUUCGAGAAUUACGUCAAAUCCUAUUUGAAGUUUUACGUAUUCUAUUACGUCAUCAAAAAUCAACAGAUAUUCAAGCUAUCAUUAAAUUUUUAAUUUAUUGUAAAGAUUAUCAACAAUUAAUUGAAAUGAUGGAAUUUGUAUUAGGUUUAAAUGGUAAUGGUCAUAAUUGUCAACAAUUUUUUGAUGAAAUUAUGGGAUUAGGUGGUACAGAUGUAUUUUUAACAUUAUUAAAGAUUGAUGAUGAAGGUGUUAGAAAUACUGCUAUUCAAUUGAUUAGUAAAAUUCAUGGAUUAUGUAAUCAUUCUCAAAAUAAAAAACAUAAAGCAAAUUUAUUUCAAGAUUCAAUUAUUAUUACUCGUUGUUUACAUACAUUCCCAAUGACAGAGGAAACUUUUAGAUAUUUAUUAUCGUUUGCUAUGGGUUACGAUUUUACACCUGCAAAUAGCACCAGUCACAAUAAUGGUCAAAUGGUACCACCAUGUUUAGAUAAACAUAAAGUCAUAAAGAAUAAUGAGAUCCUAUCGGUUAUAUUCAAACUACUAUCAAAUACUGAUGUUAUAUUGGUUCAAACGGUUUUACAAGAGAUUAAACUCUACAUAUCCAAUGAAGAAUCAUCACAUGUCAAUAGAAAUGCAUGUCUAUCAAUUGAUAAAUGGUUCGAUCAUUUAUUCGCAAUCAUUAGUAGUGUAGAGAAAACCGAUACUCAAUAUUCAAAUGUAACGGAUUUAAUCAUUGAUAUCAUAAAGAUUUUGGUAAUUCAUUCAUUCGAUGAAUCAAAAGGUAUUCAAAAAACAUUGGAAAUCGUAUUGGCAACUCUUAGACCUUAUGAUGAACGUGGUGUAUUAGAUUAUCAUUCAUUGGCUCGUACUUUAUUUUUAAAUAUCGUUCAAUCCAUUAAAUCUAAAGCUCUAACUACCAUUGGUGAUAAUCAAUCACCAUUAAAGAAAUCAAAGAAAGCUUUUAUUGAAAAUUUAAUUCAAUUCUUUAUUUUAACUGAAGAAUUUAUAUUUUAUUCUCCAAAAGGUGGUAAUCAUGAUUUACAUUCAAGUUUAUCAUCAAUUAGAACUUCAAUUUUAGGUGGUGGCGGUGGUUUCAAUGAAUUUGGUAUUGGUAGUAGUACUAUAGUUACUUCAUCAGCUCAUUCAGCAUCAUCUUCAGUUCAUAGUAGUUUUGAUGGUAGUUUCUCUCCAUCUUCACCACAAUUAUUAUCAUCAUCAACUUCAUCAACAUCACAAUUACAACAACAACAACAACUUCAACAACUUCAACAACUUCAACAACAAGGUCAAUCAAAGAGUGGAUCAAAUACACCUUCAAAUAGUAAUCAUGGUAGUUAUAAUUAUAAUAAUAAUAAUUCACCAAAUUUAAUAUCAUCUUCAAAUUCUUUAUUAAAUUCACCAUCAUCAAUUGGUCAAUCAUUAUCUUCAUCAUUUAGUUUAUCAUCAUCAUCAAAAGAAGUUAAUAUUGGUGGUGGUGGGGGUAUUGGUGGUUUUAGUAAAUUACAUUAUAAUAGUGAAACUAAAGAAUGGGAAGAUACAUUAUUAGUUAAAGAGAUACUUGAUCUAGUUGAUACAUUAAAGCUAUUGGAUAAUUUAAGUGAAAGUGAUUUUUCAACUUCAAAUAUUCAAGCAACAACAUCAAAAUCAACAUCAAAUUUAAUGUUUACAACUCAUUAUCAUAGAAUUUUCCUAAGAUUUACAUUGGAAGCAAUUAAAAUUUGUAAUAAACAAGAACCUUUACAAACUUUGAUGUCUCAUGUUAUGAGAUUGAAAACACUCUCUGAAAAAGAUCGUCAAAAAGUAGAAAAUGAUACAAUGAGUAAUAAUAGAUUAACUUUUAUUUUAUCUCAUUUAGCUAAAGCAUUAAGAUCAAUCAUUGAUUUAAAUUUACCAUUACAUCAAAAAGCAUUAGUACCAUUAAUGAAAGAUAUCAUUCGUAAAUUAAAUUCAACAUUAAUUAGUACAUUAUCAAAACAGCAGCAACAACAACAACAACAACAACAACAACAACAACAACAACAACAACAACAACAACAACAACAAAUUCAUCAACAUCAAUCUGUAUCAGGUCCUUUAAAUCUUUACCAAUUAUCAUUACCCCAAUCAGCAUUGUCGCAAUCUCAACAAUUUAUAAUUCAACAAACUCAACAAAUUUUAAAUGGUGUUGGAGUUGGUGCAGGAAAUUCAUCACCAUCGUCAUCAUCAUCAUCAUCAUCAAACUCUGUAAACAUUGAUCAAAGUGAAAUAUCAGGAUGGGUUGAAGAAUUAACUGACUCAAGUAGAAUUGUCGAAUUUUGUUCAAUUGUUGUUACAUCACCAAGAUGGUCACAAAUCGUUCAAUAUAUUGAUAAUCAAACUUAUUUUACAACAGUUGAAGAGAAAUCACUUUAUUCUUGGUUAGAGAAGAGAAAGAAGAAAUUAACAAAGGUUGUAUUGAAUACUGAUGAAAAAGAAGCAGAAUCAUUCAAUGCCGCAGAGAGAAAAGCUGAUAAUGAUUUGAAUUCAAUUCAUGUUAAACUUUGGAUGCCAGAAUGUGAAAGACGUGCAUUACAUCUUUAUAAAGCAAGAGAAUUACGUAAUCAAACCACUGUUCAAUGGAGAAAGAUUUUAAGAUCUCUAACUAAUGAACGUGGUCCUUGGGGUACAACUGAAUCAAUCGUUCAUUGGAAAUUAGAUAAAACUGAAAACUCUUCAAGAAUGAGAAUUAAAUUAAAAAGAAAUUAUAAAUUUGAUGAACAUUUAAAUUGUGCAAUUAAUGAUUCAGAAAUUCAAGAUGAUCAUAAUAAUAGUAAUAGUAAUAAUAAUAAUGAUUCAAAUAAUUCUGAUGGUGAACAUUUAUCAGAAAGUGCAAAUUUACUCUCAAUUAAACCAAAUGAAAAACAACAACAACAACAACAAAGUGAUGAAGUCGAUUCUGAUUGGACAAUGGUACCAAAGGAUAUUGAUAGUGAAGAAAAUAUUGAUAGUUUAAUUCAACAACAACAACAACAGCAACAUCAACAACAAAAAGAAAAAGAAAAAUUAAUUUAUUCAACAAGUUGUCAUUGGAUUACACCAUCAAGUUGUAAAAAAGGUAAAUUAGAAAUUACAACUUUUAAUUUAAUUUUUACUGAAGAAGAGGAAUUACCACCACCAUCAACUACCACUACAAAUACAACAAAUACAACAAAUACAAAUUCAACAACAAAUGAUUCAACAUUUUUAAAAAUUAAAAGAUGGCCAAAUGAAAUGAUUAAAGAUGUUCAUUUAAGACGUUAUUUAUUAAGAGGUAGUGCAAUUGAAAUAUUUAUGCGUGAUAAAACAAAUUAUUUAUUUAAUUUCAAAAAGAAUGAAAGAAAUAAAGUUUAUAAUAAGAUCAAUAGUGUAAAGAGAGAGUUUUCAAAGGAACCAACAUUAUCACCAUCCGAUAUGUUAAAGAAAGCAACAUCAGAAUGGCAAGCUAGAAGAAUAUCAAACUUUGAUUAUCUAAUGACAUUGAAUACAAUAGCAGGUAGAACCUAUAAUGAUCUAACACAAUAUCCAGUAUUCCCUUGGGUGAUUGCAGAUUAUACAUCACCAGUGUUGGAUUUAAAUAAAGCAGAAACUUUCAGAGAUUUAUCAAAACCAAUUGGUGCAUUAAAUGAAAAGAGAUUGGAAAUCUUUAAAGAUCGUUAUGAAUCAUUCGAUGAUCCAGUGAUUCCGAAAUUCUAUUAUGGCAGUCAUUAUAGUAGUGCUGGUAUUGUAUUGUUUUAUUUAAUUCGUUUGGAACCAUUCACAACUCAGUUCCUUAAUCUUCAAGGUGGAAGAUUCGAUCAUCCCGAUCGUAUGUUUGACAGUAUAGCAUUGGCAUGGGAUAAUUCAUUGACCUCUUCAACCGAUGUCAAAGAGUUAAUACCCGAGUUUUACUAUAUGCCAGAGUUUUUAACAAAUCAUAAUCAUAUCAAUUUUGGUAUUAAACAAAAUGGUAUUGGCAUUGAAGAUGUUCUUUUACCACCAUGGGCUUCAUCACCAUCGGAUUUCAUUCGUAUCAAUAGAGAGGCAUUGGAGAGUGAUUACGUUUCAAGUCAUCUUCAUGAAUGGAUCGAUUUAAUAUUUGGUAUUAAGCAACGUGGUAAACAAGCCAAGGAGGUAUUCAAUGUUUUCUAUUAUCUAACUUAUGAAGGUUCUGUUGAUAUCGAUUCCAUUGAGGAUGAAACAACUCGUCGUGCAACUGAAAGUCAAAUCAAUAAUUUCGGUCAAACACCAACUCAACUCUUUUCAAAGAAACAUCAUAUUCAACGUGAUCCUUUGAACGAAUCUCAUAUCUCAAUUUUGAAAACUCCUCCAAAUCAAUUACAAGCUUACUUUUUAAAGAUUACCAAUAAGAAUCCAAUCGUUUACGUUUACAUUCCAGAGCCAAAUCCAAUCAUGUCCUAUUUGGUUGCUGAUAAAGUUACGGUCAUUGAUAAAUCUAGAACCACUACCAAUCAUAAAUGGUUCCCUUCCACUCCAAAUGAUAAGAUCUCACCAUUCACUUUUGAAUUGGAUCCAUCUUCAACCACUAAACGUAGAAUUGGUUUACCAUUUGCAAAUGAUGUAACAAUCUCUCCAAAUUGUUUUGCUAUCACCUCUGAUGGUAGAUAUGUUAUUAGUUGUGCUCAUUGGGAUAAUAGUUUCAAACUAUCAUUUGUUGAUAGUGCAAAAUUAAUUCAAAGUGUUGUAAAACAUAAAGAUACUGUCACUUGUUUAUCUUUGGCUUCUGAUGGUCAAACUUUAAUCACUGGUUCAAAAGAUACAACCGUAAUGGUUUGGAGAAUUGCAACAACCAAUAAAAGUGGUGCUCCAAAAUUCAAUGAUGUACCUGAUCAUAUUCUUUAUGGUCAUGAUGAUGAAAUCACCUGUGUAGAUGUAAAUGUUGGUUUAGAUAUCUCUAUCUCUGGUUCAAAAGAUGGUACUUGUAUCAUUCACAACUUAAAACAUGGUGAAUAUGUUAGAUCAAUUUAUUUACCAAGACAAUCUCCAAUUAGUUUAAUUGCAAUUUCAAAUCAAGGUUAUAUUGUAAUUUAUUCACAAGCCGAUUUAAUGAUUUAUCUAUACAGUAUAAAUGGUGGACUCUUGAAAACAGUUGAUACACACGAAAGAUUACAUAGUAUUAUAAUAAGUAAAGAUUCAGAGUAUUUAAUUACUGGUGGCGAAAGAGGGGUUGUUGUUAUUAGAACACUUUUCAAUUUAAAACCAACUAAUCAUAAAUUAGUGUUUGGAACUCCAAUUCAUUCUUUAGCCAUGGCAUCCGAUCAAAAACAUUUAAUGGUUGGUUUAGAAGAUGGUAGAUUAUUAAUUAUUGCAUCUAAUAGUGCAUCUCCUCCAACAAAUUAUUAUUCCAUUACCAAAUUCCUCAUCUUCAUUACCUUCAUCAUCCAAUAA